CUCCCUCCCUCUCUCUCUCUCCCCUCCUCCCUGUAUGUGUUCCUGCCUCCAUUCUUCCUGAGCGCACAUUUCUGAAGGAGGAGGAGAGAGGUACCACUGCUGCUGAAGAGAGGGACUGCUGGAAAACCAGUGGCAGAGAGAGAGAGCAUUCUACAUAUCCUCAAUCUGUUCUCUCCUUCCUUCAUCCUUCCAUUCCCAUUUAUCGCCCCUCUUCCUCUCCUCUCCUCUUCUCUCCUCCCUCUCUUGCCUCUCUCCGUUUCUGUUCUGCUUCCUGCCAAGCGAGAGGGGGAUCCAUGCGAGAUGGGCUGUGGAAAUUCCUCAGCCGCCAGCACCUCUGGAGGGGGUCCUGCUGAAGCCGCCAAAGAUGUGACAGAUGAGCCCUCACCAGAUGAAAAAAGGAGGAACUAUGGCGGGGUCUAUGUGGGUCUGCCAGUUGACCUGACCGCCAUCGCAGGCAGUCAGUCCAAGUCCACACGCAAAGAUUAACAAAAAAUGGCAACCCACAAGGAUCUAAGUUACAGGAAAAAACGGUCUCAUUGCCAGACGUUCAAUUGGGAGUUGGAGCUGCUAUGAGGAGCAGUCUCACCUUCAGAAACCAGGAAAUACCUACAGUUAGGCUGUAUCCAAAUAGGCAAUAAAGACACAGACCACCGAGCAGGCAAAUCAACAGCAGGAGCUUCCCUACACAUCCUUCAGCCACUGUUGCAGAUUUCCACAAGACGGAUGCGAAAACAGACGCAAUCGCAUGCUCUUUCAAACACCAAGGAAGCAAGGGCUGAUCUAUCUUUGUGUGUGUGUGUGUGUGUGUGAGAGCGUGCAAGUGUGUGUACGUGUGUGUACCUGCGUGCGUGCAUGCGUGUGUGUUUGGAAUGUCGACUGGCUUGAAGGUCAGAGAGACCUUGAACAAUGUGCUUGCGGAGAAAAUGGCCGCCAGCGACAUCAGAACAAAAGCACCGGGGGGGACGGCGAGGGAAAGGUUGGCUAAAGAUGGAAGUCGGGGUCCCAGGUGCCGGGUGCGAUGGACGUAUAGGCGGGGCCUGAAGCAAUGGGAGUGUUAGGGGCGAAUCUCUGGUGGCACUAAAGAGGCUUUAUCGCUGCAAGAACCCUCAGGCACUCUGACAGCCCGAGCGCAGCAGCGUAAGAGCAACUCAGACAACUGGAGGGGUGUGAAACAAACCUCGCUGCUGUCACAUCAGCUCAGGAGCUG